AUGUUGACAAGACAAUUGGUGCGUUCUGGUCAGAGACUUCUCUCAAAAAAUGCUGGAAUUUUAGCAAGCAAUGGUGUGGUUGGUAGAUCUACUUUAAAUAGUACUCUUAACUGGACAGGUGCUAAGCAUCUAUCUCAGAAGGCUUCUAGUUGUGGUAUUUUGAAAUGCGUGGCCCGUGGAAGAUGGUUCUCUACUGCUAACAAUGUAUUACGUAAUGCUGCAGCAGGUGCCAGGAUUAUUGAUGAAGCCGCUUUGAAGCUGGAUUCUAGCGGUAUUCCAUUGGCUGCCAAGGAUGUUAAGACUAGCAAGUACGUCGCAUACUGGCUUAUCGGUACUUCAGGUCUUGUGUUUGGUAUUGUUAUCCUUGGUGGUCUAACAAGAUUGACUGAGUCAGGUCUAUCUAUUACCGAGUGGAAGCCUAUCCUAGGUGCUCUGCCACCAUUGUCUCAAAAGGAAUGGGAAGAAGAAUUUGCCAAGUACAGAGAGUCUCCAGAAUUCAUGGAAUUGAACUCUCACAUUAACCUAGACGAGUUCAAGUUCAUUUUCUUCAUGGAAUGGUUCCACAGACUUUGGGGCCGUGCUAUCGGUGUCAUCUUUGUUAUGCCUGCAUUAUAUUUUGCUGCCACAAAGAGAACAUCCUCUCACAUCAAUAAGAGAUUGCUUUUCUUGUCUGGUUUGUUGGGUCUACAAGGUUUCGUCGGUUGGUGGAUGGUUAAAUCUGGUUUGGACAAAGAACAACUGGAAAUUAGACAAUCCAAGCCAACAGUUUCUCAAUAUAGACUGACAACUCACUUGGGUGCUGCAUUCUUCUUGUAUAUGGGUAUGAUGUGGGCUGGUUGGGAAAUUCUAAGGGAAUUGAAGUGGUUGAAAAACCCUGCUAGAGCUUUAGAAGCAUUCAAAAAACUUGAAAGCCCAGCUAUUAUUCCUAUUAGAAGAGUUGCCGUUGGUUUGACAGCUUUGACUUUUGUCACUGCCAUGAGCGGUGGUAUGGUUGCUGGUCUAGAUGCUGGUCUACUGUACCCAACUUUCCCACACAUGGGUGAACAUUGGAUUCCUCCAAAGAGAGAAUUAUUCGAAGAUAGAUUUGCUCGUAAAGAAGACAAGUCUGAUAUGUGGUGGAGAAACAUGUUGGAAAACCCAGUUACUGUUCAACUAAAUCACAGAAUUUUAGCUACCAUUACUUUCACGGCGAUUCUUGUUGCCCAUAUCUACUGUAAUAGAAGGAAACAAAUUGUUCCAAGAAACGCAGACAUCACUAUGAAAGCUAUGAUGGGUGUUUUAACCUGUCAAGUUACUCUAGGUGCGUUGGCUCUAUGGUACUAUGUUCCAAUCUCCAUUGCAUCAAUGCAUCAAGGUGGUGCCUUGGCUUUGUUGACUCUAUCUUUGCUAUUUACUGCCCAAUUGAAAGCACCAAGAGCUCCAAUUAGAAGUACAAUUUCAAAGUUACAUGCUCAACAAUUGAAAUCUGGUAGCAAAGUCAUCCAAGAAGCGGCCAAGCAUGUGUCCAAAUAA